GCUGCAGACUGUGGGGGACAUAGAGCAUCUGAGCCUAUGUCUGGCAAUCAGUGUGCUGGACAUGUCUCACAAUCUGUUAUGUGACCCUGAGAUCCUCCGUGUUCUUGAGGCCAUGCCAGAGCUGCGAGUGCUGAAUUAAUGGGAAAUGAGGUGGUGAAAAAGAUCCCAAACUACAGGAAGACCGUGAUCGUGCGCCUCAAGCAACUCACCUUCCUCGAUGAUCGCCCUGUGUUCCUCAAAGACAGGGCAUGUGCAGAGGCAUGGGCAGUGGGAGGGCUGGAAGCUGAGCGCAAAGAGAUGGAGCAAUGGGAAAACGAGAGAGGAGAAAGAUUCAGGACAGCUUGGAUGGUAUGGCAAAGAUUCGAAGUGAAGCCCAGAAGAGACAGCGUCUCCAAGAGCUACAGGAGAAAGGGGUGGCUGAUGCUCCCACUACUCCGGAGACUCCAUGUGAGAAAACAACACCCAUUUUUGACUGAUGGAGGGAAGAUCCAAGCCUUUGUGCAGGACAGCCUGGAUGCCCAUGAAGAGUUCUUGCAGCGUCAGUCAACACAGGGGCAUCAGCCAAACAGUGAGCAUCCAGAUGCAGAACAGCCAGGUCAAAAGUUGCAGAGAGAGCAGUCAGAGAAAAAUGACCAGGACAAAUCACAGGUAAAGCAGCCUGUCGGAGAGGAGAAAGAAGGGGUGAAUCCAGAGCAUCCAGCACAAGAGCAAGAAAGUGUUGCAGGAAAGAAAAUAGCAGAAGAUAAAAAACAAAACCAGUCCCGUCAAAUCCAGUUCAUGAGAAAUGAUGCGGAGAGAGAGCCGGCAUACAUGAGUGAGCAGUUUGACAAGAAACAGCCUUCUCUGGUCAGGGUGACUCCACUUGAAGCAGACAAGGUUGUACGAGCACAUGUCCCCGGACCACUGGUUACAGAGCUGGAGGAUGCAGAGCAACUGGAAACCAUUCACCUUCCACUACAUCACUCACUGUGUAUUGACGACCUGCCUGAUCUGGAGGACGUGGACACAGAAGACUUCACGUCGAUGUUCUCUCCUCAGCAAGUGUUCAAACCAAAAGUAGAGGUGGCAUCAGGAGGCAACGGUGAGGAUGAACCAACUGGGAAUCAGAGGGAGGGCAUCACCACCUUCAGUCCAGGUACAAAUUUACUCUUUUUUAUGAGUGGCUGUAACAAAUCAACUGGAGUCUCUAACAAGUCUUCAUCAUUGGUGUAUCCAGAGGACGAGAAUGCCUGUGAGCCACAGCUUUUUCAACCAGUGAGAAAGUCCAAAACAAACCAAACCUCUUCUCCACCACGCUGCCUGAUUGAGGAGCUGGAAUGAUGCUUUCAAGGUGCUUCAAAUUAAAUGUCUUAGUGCUGACAGGCAAUAGACCAGCUGUGUGAAAAGCCUGCUUUAAUUAAAAAAAAAAAAAAAAAAAGUAGUAAUAUUUUUAUCUGUUGAAAAUAGUGAAAAUUGUUCAGCAUAUUUGUGUUAAACAUUUUAAAGCCAGUUUGUUUAUGUUUCUUAAUUGUAACACUGUGUGAAAACAGAAUAAACCUUACUUCA